UCCGGAGCCACGACGACAGAGAAGACUGACAGUUGAUUUGACCAAAAGUCUGCUCACAAGCAGUGACGUCUCUGUCUCUACAACGGGCGGGAUAUCCGCAUUAGUGAGCUAGCUAAUAACAUGGCGAAGACUUACGAUUACUUGUUUAAACUACUUUUAAUCGGUGAUUCAGGCGUCGGAAAGACCUGUGUGCUAUUCAGAUUCUCAGAAGAUGCCUUCAACUCAACGUUUAUCUCCACUAUAGGUAUUGAUUUCAAGAUCAGAACAAUAGAAUUAGAUGGAAAGAAGAUCAAGCUACAGAUAUGGGACACGGCAGGACAGGAGAGGUUCAGGACCAUCACGACAGCCUACUACAGAGGAGCCAUGGGCAUCAUGUUAGUCUACGACAUUACCAAUGAGAAGUCCUUUGACAACAUCAAGAACUGGAUACGGAAUAUAGAAGAGCAUGCCUCAGCAGAUGUGGAAAGGAUGGUCCUUGGGAACAAAUGUGAUGUCAAUGACAAGCGACAGGUGUCCAAAGAAAGAGGAGAGAAGCUGGCGCUGGAGUAUGGUAUCAAGUUCAUGGAGACCAGUGCAAAGGCGAACAUAAACGUUGAGAAUGCCUUUUUAACCCUCGCCAGAGACAUCAAAGCAAAAAUGGACAAGAAGCUGGAGGGCAACAACCCGCAGGGCAGCAGUCAAGGAGUAAAGAUUACAGAACAACCCAAGAAGAGCAGUUUCUUCCGCUGCACGCUCCUGUGAGGAGAUGGGAGUGUCGGCAUCCACCAUCGCCUUAACUGUGUCCCCCACUGGACAGAACUGGACAGAGCACACUCGCAUCUCUUUUAUUUUUCUUUACCUGUCUUCCUCCUUCUUUCUCUCUGUAAGGAAAAACAGAAGUUUGUUUUCGCUCUCUUGGUUCCCUCGUCAGCUGUGAAUCUAAAUACUGUGGCCUCUGUUAGAUGCUAAGUCUGGUUCUUUUUUUUCCAGUUGCUUAUAAGAUUGACGGCGCCAACUGAUUCCUUAGAUUUUAUUGACUUUUAAAGACGGCCUCCUCCUAACCUGUGAAACUAGAAACAAUCAAACCUUGACUUCUCACAAUGAUGUCUGAUUCCAUGAUAGUUUUUUUUUUUUUCCUCACCUCGUCAGUGUCACUUGAUGUCAUAU